UUUAAUCCAUUCUUUUUUCUUUUUCCCUUUCAUUUUGUUUUUUCUUGGCUUAAAAGUUAUAUUUUUCUGACACCAUUAACAACAAACACUACACACAACACCAAGAAAAGAAACUAAAACAGCAUGCAAUUGCAGAGACUUAUUGUUCUUGUUGCACUCUUAUCUGCAACAAUUCUGUUCGGUUUCUCCCAUUCUCUCAAGGAGGGUCAGAUAUGUGUAGCAGACAGAAAUUGUGAUGCAGGGUUACACUGUGAAACAUGUUUAGCAAAUGGUAAUGUAAGGCCAAGGUGUACAAGGAUUCAACCCAUAAUUCCAACUUCAAAGGUUAAGGGAUUGCCAUUCAAUCACUAUUCAUGGCUUACUACUCAUAACUCAUUUGCUAGGUUAGGGGUUAAGUCAGCUACUGGCUCAGUUCUUCUAACUUCUAUGAAUCAGCAGGACUCCAUUACUGAUCAGCUUAAUAAUGGGGUGAGAGGGUUGAUGUUAGAUAUGUAUGACUUUGAGAAUGAUAUUUGGUUGUGUCAUUCCUUUGGAGGAAAAUGCUACAACUUUACAGCUUUUCAACCGGCCAUUAAUGUUUUGAAAGAAGUUCAAGUAUUUCUGGAAACACAUCCAUCAGAAAUCAUUACAAUUAUCAUUGAGGAUUAUGUUGCAUCACCAAAUGGCUUGACAAAAGUGUUUAAUGCUUCUGGACUGAGGAAAUACUGGUUUCCUGUAUCCCGGAUGCCGAAAAAUGGUGGAGAUUGGCCAAUUGUUGAUGAUAUGGUGCAGAAAAAUCAGCGAUUAGUUGUUUUUACUUCAAAGUCAAGUAAAGAAGCUUCUGAAGGAAUUGCCUAUGAAUGGAGAUAUGUAGUAGAAAACCAAUAUGGAAAUGGCGGAUUGAAAGCUGGUUCAUGUCCGAAUCGCGCUGAAUCGCCUGCUAUGAACAUGACAGCAAGGUCUUUAGUGUUGGUAAAUUAUUUUCCUGAUACGCCAGAUGUAACCCAAGCUUGCAAGCAUAACUCAGCUCCAUUGAUGAAUAUGGUGAAUACAUGUUAUGCAGCAGCAGGUAAACGGUGGCCUAACUUCAUUGCAGUUGACUUUUAUAAGAGAAGUGACGGUGGAGGAGCUCCAAAAGCUGUAGAUGUUGCUAAUGGUCAAUUAGUCUGCGGUUGUGGAAAUAUUGCUUCUUGCAAGGCAAACAUGAGAUUUGGAGAAUGUAACCUGCCUGAGCCUGGUGUUGCAGCCGGCCCCGGAGUUAUAGCGCCUGACUCGAGCUUUGCUAAUUCAGAUGCGACACCGAGUCAAAUAGUGUUGCUGUUCGGGACAAUCCUGAUGACAUUUUGCUUGUCAUCAUGAACAGAAUUCUCAUGCACUAACGAGUCAAAAUAAUAACAAGUCAUUACUAAGAUUAUGAGAUCAAAGAAUUCAAAUUGUAAGACCUGAAUCAGAACUGAGUUACUGUGUAGCUACUAAUUUAGAGUAGCAUAGUUGUGGAUGGGUUUCAUUUCAUGUGACCAACACUGUAAAUUGAAAAAUAGUAGUUUCAGCCUUUUAGAUUUGUUUAUUUGAA